CCCGGGGUCGCCGCAGACGCAGAGCCCGGGCAGAGAGCGAGCGUGCGCGCGCGCGCCCCUGGAUGAAGCGGCUGGAGCGGUGAGCAGCGAACCUCGCCCGCCCGCUCGCCCCCCUCUGCAAGAUGAGUGCGGCGCUGCCCAGCCUGGUGGCCUGGCUGGCUGUCCUGCUCCUGGGAAGGAUGGACCGCCUGGCCGACGCCUGCAGCUGCUCUCCGGUGCAUCCGCAACAGGCGUUUUGCAAUGCAGAUGUAGUGAUCAGAGCAAAAGCUGUUUCUGCGAGAGAGGUGGACUCCGGUAAUGACAUCUAUGGAAACCCCAUCAAACGUAUCCAGUAUGAGAUCAAGCAGAUAAAGAUGUUCAAAGGGCCUGACCAAGCCAUUGAAUUCAUCUACACGGCUCCUUCAUCAGCAGUGUGUGGGGUGACGCUGGACAUUGGUGGCAAAAAGGAAUAUCUCAUUGCAGGAAAAUCUGAGGGCAAUGGCAACAUGCACAUCACACUGUGUGACUUCAUUGUCCCUUGGGAUUCCCUCAGCGCUACCCAGAAGAAGAGUUUAAACCAGCGAUACCAGAUGGGAUGUGAGUGCAAGAUCUCCCGCUGCCCCUCCAUCCCUUGCUAUGUCUCUGCUCAGGAUGAGUGUCUGUGGACUGACUGGGUGACUGAGAAGAACAUCAAUGGGCGGCAGGCAAAGCACUAUGCCUGCAUCAAGCGGAGUGAUGGGUCAUGCGCAUGGUACCGUGGAGUGGCCCCGCCGAAGCAAGAGUUUCUUGACAUUGAGGACCCUUGAGUCCCCAGCGCCAUGGCAGUCCAAUAACCAAUAGCAACAAAGCCUGCAAGAAAUUAGACUGGUCCACCUCUGACAUCAUUUCCUGGAAACAGCAUGAAAAAUAAGGUCUCCUGGGCAGGCACAAUGGUGGUAGAGGGGAAGGAUGUCUAAGCCACUUGUAUAUUGGUUUCUUCCUGUGUUGUGACAAGUGGUUUCUUACAAGUGGGAUCACAGUUAUCAACAUGCCAAGGCAUGGGGGAGGGGGGGGACCUAGAAUGGACAGUAUGAAUGGCUGAGAAGUAUUGCCACUGAUUCUGUGUAGCAGGCCUACCAGGUUCUUAUUGUCUUGAGAGCAGCCACCGCUGUGGGGACAGCUCCCAUCCCAACCCUAUUGGCUUCUGCCUGUGUAAAAAGCCUAUCUUCUCCUUUAUAUACAUGCACAUAGACACACAGCACACAUAGAACUCCACCCUCAGUGCUUUGGAGUCUUUCCCUUCUCUGCCGCACAUGCACACAGCUAGUGGACUAAGAGCAAACCUAGCCCUCAGAACAAGAGGAUUGAUUUGCAACAAUACUGGUAAACGCUUCAUUCACCUUUCUGUUGCAAAUCAUCCUUCUCCUGAGUGCUGAAAGAGAAGAGGGUACUCCCUGCUUUCAAGAACAAUGUUUUUGUGACUUGUUGGCUCACAGAGUUAGUUAAUGGAUGUUAAACCUUUGUGUGUAUGGGAUAGCUGUGUGCAGAUUUUAAUUCUGCACUCUCAAGUAUAAAGUUUUAAUAAAAGAAAAUUCACAGCUGGGUUACCUAAUAAGUCUCCCAAUCAACCAUUCUACUGCAUGCUUGUGCCAUAAAUGUAAUUUUAGUGCCAAAGCCCUUCCCAACCAGUGGAAAGAUUUCCUAUUCCCUUCAUGUAUUUGGUAGACCAAAGUGGUCCUUCUUCUCCCCUCAUCUGAAAUGUCAUGCUAUACAUUCAUGGUUUUUACUUGAGCAAAGUUGCUUCAAACUCUAUCAUCUGCCUGGUGUAGAAGUGAACCUUUGUCGGAAAGAAUUGCACGGAAGGUGAGAGUUUGCAUGUCCUCCUCCCAAAAAUGUGAUCACAGGAGCCAGAAAGUCGAGGCAUACACCCAUUUAAACUGUGAUUAGAAAUGUUCCUUUGGAGUCACAAAAGGGACACUGGCUGCCUGCAAAAUAAUCACAUCAUCCAGCGCUGCCUCCAGCUGAUCCUUCUGGAUCAGCUCUGUUUAUUUGCUGGGGCUCCCAGGCUCUGCAUAGCCACCCCCAUUUGCAAGACCCCAAAAUUAAUUGGGAGGGUGCCCAGAAGUACUGUUAACCAGAACUAUUUCCCCCCCCCCCCCCCCGGCCUUUUCAUGCUGUUCAUCAAGGUAACAUUUUAAAAAGAUGUCAUACUGGACCAGUCUGUUUGAUUUUCAAGAUAUUUUAAAAAAGGAAAAAAAUCUGUUCAAUCCAAUAUAAGACUCCUGUUUUUGCCUUCUGUAUGGUUAUAUCAUAUGUGACAUUUACCUCUCUCUGCUGAUACUCUUUUGAUUGUAAUGUUUUCCAUUUGUUUUGGCAAUCAGUUGUAUCAUUCCUGUGCUCCAUUAUUAUUAUUAUUAUUAUUUUAAAUUUCUUUGUUUAGCUGUUAGAUUUGCACUUACUAUUUUAAAGGGGUUCUGCAUUGGAAGCUUUCAACAUACAGUGGGAAGAAUGUCAAAACGUAUGGAGGGUAGAGACCUCCGGUUCUUUUAUAAUGCCAGUGGCGAUAAUAUUUCUCCUUCUGUCUUCUUCCUCCUGCCCCUACAACUGUUUCCAGAGGUUGGAGGCUGGCUGUGAUGUACGACUGCUUCUUGCUAGCCAAAUUGCAGUCCUAGAACCUGCCAGGGAGUAAGAUCAGCGUGCCAUUCCGGUAGCUGUAUGAAAAGCGGCCAUUGUGAAAAAUCUAUUUAUGGAAAAAGCAGUUAUCAAAAGCUCUUCAAAUUGGCUUAAUUUAUCUCUGUGGCUUCUGGUGCCACACUGAACCUUCCCUGAAACACACAAGGACACACUUAUACACAGUCUCCCCUUCUUCCUCGUGCCAGCAACUCAAAAUAUUUAAAAGAAAGUUUACAUUAUUUUCAAAUCUUGCUUAGUAAGUAUGAAAAAUAAGCAUCUAACUUGCAGCCAUAAUUUAAAGCUUAUUGGGGAGCUGGGAUGUUGUUUGGUGGGUGAAGUAAUAUUGGGGGGAGGGGUGGACCUUUUUUUUCCGUUGGAUUCUGAAAGCUAAGAUUUUCUUGUGCUGGGAACACAUGAAAGUUGUUGAAUAGACAAGCAGACUGUGCAUGUCUCAGACGCUUUGUAUAAUUCAUACGUGGACAUUUGAGUCUUCGGACAAUAAACAGUAUUAUCAAAUAAAACAGAAA